UUAAGCCUCCAAAAACUUACCCAUAUGGUUCCUUCCUCUUUUUAAGCGUUCUCUAGUUUUUUUUUUAAGCGUCUCUAGUUGGGGUACCUUCUUAAAGACUUUUCGCUAUUAUAGUUCACUAUAUCUUUAUCUUUAAUUUAAUACCUUGUGCAUAUAUAUAUAUAUAUAUAUAACCCUCAAAUUCAAUCCUCCGAAAACAAACAAUUAGAGAGACAUGGGUUUUUCAAAGGAUGAGAAAUCAAAAAGGCUUUUGAGGGCUGUGAAGACUUUGUUUUUCUUGAUCACCAUGCUGAUUUCUCUGCUGCUUUUCUCAGCGCCGGUUCUUUUGGUUAUAGCGGAUACACUUCUUCCUUCUGCGCUUCUCUCUGCUUCUCUUUCUCCGUCUUCUCUUUCUCUACAAACUCUCUCUUCCCACCUCCAAAACUAUGACUUUCGGUACUCUCUCAUAGAUAUACCCCUCAUUUCCAUUCUAAGAUCGGCCAUCAUAAUAUGUGUUUAUAGCUUGUGCGAUGGGCCAAGGCUUUCACGAGGGCCAUAUUUGGGGAUUACAACGAUGUGUUCACUUCUGUCUUUAAUGUUUGUUUCGUUGAAAGCUUCAGUUGUGUUUGCUGGCAAAGAUAGAGGUGGCUAUGUUAGGGCCACGGAAAUAGCUUUGUUCAUAUGCUCUCUGGCUCUUGCUGUUGGGCAUAUUGUUGUGGCAUAUAGAACAAGUUGCAGAGAGAGACGGAAGCUUUUGGUUUACAAAAUUGACAUUGAAGCUGUCUCAGCUUGCAAGAAUGGGUUUCCUAGGUAUCAAAAGAUUUUACAAGAACAAUACGUACAAUGAAAGAAAAUUAAUUUUUUCUUUUGUAUAUGUACCCCUAGUCAGAUUCAAACUCGUGAGAUUUCAGGUUUUAUCGAAGAAAAUCAGUUUCCUAGAGAUCGAAGUAGAAACUAACGGUUGGCUAGAGAGAAGUAAAAUACUGUUUCAAAGGUUUAGAAUUCACUUUAGAGACUAUAGCUCAGGCUAUGAUUUCGGUGUAUGCCUAAGUUUUGUUUGUCUCCUCUCCUUUGGAGUUGUACAGUCGAUAUUUGUAUAUAAAAAGGUGAAUGGAUCAAGGAAGUAGCCAAAGGCUUCUUUCAAGAACUGUGCAAUAGAAGUAUUGCCAUCUUUCUUUCAAACCAUCUUCUUGUGUGAAAUGAGAAUAGUUAAAAGAGUAGGUAAGUUCACUGCUUUUGUGUGAUCGCCCCAAAAUGAAAGGUGUGGAUUUGAUUGGAUUGAAUUGUAUAUUUGUGUAUUGUACGAGUAUGUGUUGAAUAUCUCGUUGGGUGUUUAUUAAGUGAA